ACGGGUGCGUGCUCGCGAAAAACUCGGCGCUUGGGGCGGGCGCGCGCAUCGCAGACCGGUGUAGCAAACAACGCGCCCAUCGUCGAGUUUAGGCGGUGGACAACAAACAACCUACCGAUGCAGUCGCGCGAGCCGGAGCGCAUGGCCGGAUUCAUGCUGCUUAUGCCUCGCAGAGCGGGCGCGCCCUUCUCGCUUUUGUCUCUCAGCUCGGGCUCGAACACUUGGCGUACGCAUCCUUCGGGGAUAUCUUGGACAUACCUUCGUUGUCACGCGUUUCCAACGCCGACUCAUACCUCUUUCAGCAAUUGGGCCCUGCGAAAAUCAGCCCUACUCAUUGCACGAUAAUUGCUCAGGCUCUGGUGGCUGCGUCAACUUGUUAUCAGACAAUGCAAAUCCGAGAGUCGCCCGCCAUGGCAUAGGACUGGCCCCGAAUGUCCCAAGGC